AGGGCGGGGCUUACAGAAAUCCCCCACGAAACACAGCUGCUGCGUUUGUGAGCGAAACAAGAGAAACCGGCCGAAGCCACACACCGCAGAAGGAGAGCAGUGAUGGGGAACGCUCAGGACAGACCCCCGGGCAGCGGAGGAGACAGAACCGGACCAAACCAGGCCAGAUCAGGAACACGAGGUAAUGCGGAAAACCCCCAUAGUCACCACGGCUCACAGAAGGGACUGGCCAACGGGACACCGAUAAAAAACAGUACAGUAACACGGGAGGAACCGAGCAGCCCGCCGGUGGAGGAUAAGAGUUACCUGGAUGCCCCCGCAGGAGCCCUCCCCUCUCACUUGGCCCGGCUCAAAAAUGAGGGAAAUCACCUCUUCAAACAUGGACAGUUUGGGGAUGCUAUUGAGAAGUACACACAAGCCAUAGAGGGCUGCGCUGAAGCAGGUGUCGAUAGUCCAGAAGACCUGUGUAUUCUCUAUUCCAACAGAGCAGCUUGUUACCUCAAAGAUGGAAACAGCACAGAUUGUAUACAAGACUGUACCAAGGCACUGGAGCUGCAGCCGUUCUCCCUGAAGCCGCUGUUACGCAGAGCCAUGGCCUACGAGUCACUGGAGCGCUACCAAAAAGCCUAUGUCGACUACAAGACAGUCCUGCAGCUGGACACAGGGGUGCAGGCCGCCCAUGACAGCGUGCACAGAAUCACUAAGAUGCUGAUCGAUCAGGACGGUCCCGACUGGAGGGAGAAACUCCCAGAGAUCCCGGUGGUCCCCCUGUCAGUGCAGCAGCAGUACCGGGACAAACCGCUGUCUGAGAAACAGAUCCAGGCCAGAGCCGCCCGGGCCGCACAGGAAGAGGCAAGAAUACGAGAAGCCAGAUUUACUUUACUGAAGCAAGAAGGCAAUGAGCUGGUGAAGAAAGGCAGUUUCCAGGAGGCAAUGGAGAAGUAUACGCAGUGUUUGACCCUCCAGCCGAACGAAUGUGCAAUGUACACUAACAGAGCCAUUUGCUUCCUUAAACUGAACCGUUUUGAAGAGGCCAAACAGGACUGUGACUCUGCGUUGGAGCUGGAGCCGUCCAAUAAGAAAGCGUUUUACAGACGAGCCCUGGCGCACAAAGGCCUCAAGGACUAUCUGUCGGCCAGCACAGACCUCCAGGAAGUGUUGCAGCUGGACCCAAACGUGAGAGAGGCCGAGCAGGAGCUGGAGAUGGUCACCGGGCUGUUGAGAAAAAGUCUAAUGGAUGGUACGGCACAGGUUUGACAGUUGUGGCGAAGGAAUCAAAUACACGGACACUGGGUGAAAAAUGUACUUUUUCAGAUGACUUGAGAAGGGGCAGCAUCUCCGGCUUUGCUCCACCCGCGCUGUGCAAACCUCUCCUAAAGCCCAAAUUAACUGAGUAAUGUUGGUACUAGUCACAGCACUGGCCCCAAAACCCAUUCAUCUUCCACCAUAUCUAGCUGCUAUACUGUGAUGGUGAGGCGUUCAAGUGCUGCAACAUGGAGAGGAAAGAAGAAGAGUGUGCCUUAAUAAUGAGAUUUUUACUACUGCAAGUUAAAGAACUGCGAUGAUGAUGCUGUAGUCACGGAACACACAGUGAAAGUAAUUCAGCUGGAUUGUAGCUGGGCACAAUAACUGAAGGCUUUUGCUGUUUCUACCUUAUUUUAUGAAGCAUCUUGGGUUUUCAUAUCGGCUUUCUUUUGCAUAAUAGGUUAGGGUAGAAACAUGUGCGCCUUCAAAUAGGUCUGGAAGUAUAUACAUUUUUUUGCAUAUAGAGAGAGUAAGACACCUGCUUUAUGCUGAGUGUUCUAACUAUCACUGGAGACAAUAUCUUUUUUUAAAUGAACUGUAUUCUUAAGAAAAAUGUAGCUUUUAGAUCAUAGUUCAGUUCAAGGCAAUGGAUGAUACAGGAAUGUUAGAAUUUGUUACAGAAUUUGUUACAAAUUAGCAACUUUUUCCAGCUUAUCUAGUCAAAGAUGGCCGCUAGAUUUAUGACAACACUGUUUGACUCAGGUGUAUGACUGAAAGUAUGAAAUAUUAUUUUGUGUUAUUGCUUUUCCACUGAAGUAAAUUUACUUGUGGGCUUAUUCAUUUUGUGUAGUCAGAUGAGCAGGGCCAUUAUACAUCUGCUGGAGGCCAGAUGAUCCUGUUGUUCACGAAUUAGAUUUUGAAAAGAACAGAUCAACAAAUUAAGCCUUACUGCAAGCUCACAACCUCCUGGCAUGGUUUGGGGUAAGGACUGGCAUUGUUUUAAAGUAAAGUUUCCAGUUUUAAAAAAAAUAUUCAUGCAUGUGCACAAUAGAAAGGUUUACGUAACAGUUUUGUUCUUUAUAUAAAGGGCCAUUUAUUCAUUCUUUUUUUUUUUCACUUUCCAACUAUUUAAUUAAAAUGAUUACAUUUUAAAUUCCAGUUAUUUCAGCUUUUUUCUCAAAUUAAAUUGCUUAUAUUUAAUUUGAGAUAAAAUUGCUUAUAUUAUUUAACAGAUGUGCCACAUUUGUUUCUGAAUGUAUUGAAUUCUCUGUCAACAUUUGAGAUGCUUUUAUGCUUUUAAAGUGCUGCAACUUUUAAUGCAAGAGCAUGUACUGUAUGUAAAUAGCUUGAAUGCACAUGUAAAUAAAUGAUUCAAACUA